CCAUUCGGCGGCGUUGGGCGGUGGACCUGGCGGAGCAACUAGAAUCCGAGAAAAAGAUCAACCGGAGAGAUGAGUAAUCUCGAAGACAGAGAAGAGGAUGUCAGCUUGCUGGAGUUGAAGAAAAAAAUGGCCGAUUUCGCAAAGGAAAGAGACUGGGAUCGGUUUCACAGUCCCAGAAAUCUCCUCCUCGCACUGGUAGGAGAGGUUGGAGAGUUGUCAGAGAUAUUUCAAUGGAAAGGCGAGGUAGCAAGAGGACUUCCUGAUUGGGAAGAUGAAGAAAAACAACACCUUGGGGAGGAGCUAUCAGAUGUGUUGCUGUAUCUAGUAAGGCUAUCAGAUAUAUGUGGUGUUGAUCUUGGUAAAGCUGCACUUAGAAAACUGGAAAUCAAUGCUAAUAAGUACCCAGUUAAUCUUUGCAAGGGCUCUUCUAAAAAGCAUAAUCAAAUCAUAAACAACUCUUCUUCACCCACCACCAACAACAGCUGCAGCAUGAAGGAUGAUAUAUUUCAAUCUCAUGAUGGUGUUUGAUCUUUUACUAUUGGUCUCUCUUGUUUUGAGCUUCAACCCAAUGCUGGUAAAGGGUUCCUUUUUUCUGGUAUGGUUUAUGAUACCUUGAUCUAGAUGUUGUUGAAAGGUUUACAGGACUAGUGGUAGGCUGUAGGGUCCAUGGUCUGGUCUGGUCUGGUGUACCCCCAAGUUGGUUGGUUUUGAUUCUAGGAAGAACAAAGCAUAAUGACCAAGACUUGGGUAUGUUUCAUCUUUUGAAAUGAUAAAAGGGCGGUCCCUUUUUUCUGUGACUAGGAACAUUAUCAUUUCUUCUUGUCUUGGAUUUUUCUGGUUUCCAACUAUUUUGACCACUCCUCUCGCAAUGCACACCUAUCUACUAAUA